GGUCUGACACAUUCUAUAGAUGCCUUGCAUAGUCAAACCCCUGUAGUUCUCAAAUCUGACCAUGUUUCAGAAUCACCCUCCAGGAUUCUUAAAACACAGACUGCUGGCCCCAACCCAGAGUUUGACAUAGUUCCAGGUGACGCUGAUGCUGCUAUCCAGGGAACACACUUCGAGAACCACUGGUCUAAACUGAUUUUCUUAAAAUCCUAGGUGGCAAGCACUACAAGCCCCAUUUGAGAAGAAAGCUGAGAUUCAGAGUGCUGGCAUGUCCAAGAUCCCACAGUAGACCCCUGUUGUACCUAAACCCACGUUUGUCUGUGAGAAGGUGACAUCCUUCAUGAGCACCCAGCAGACGCCAGGCCAUCUUGACCCUCCCACACUUUCCUGAUCUUCCCAGGUAGAGUUCCCCAUUUGCUUGCCACUGGAGAAAAUGAAACGAGAGCAGCAGGAUCUGUGAUUUGGGACAAGUCCCCCAGCUGGGGGUGGGCGACAUUCAAGCGCAGGCCUGAGUGAGUCCAGAGGGCACUUGACAUCCACCGGGCGCUCACUACACACCAGGCACUUUACACAGGGGCCCCAACAGCCCUGACUGGUGGAUGGAGCCGCGGAUUUUAACCCAGUCUUCUUGGAAGGCAGGCCAGGCACCCACCUCCAUCACGGUUCCCCCUCCGCUGUCCGCAGGGCGGGCCGCUGUAGCCAUGGUGAGCGAGUCUUCGGGGCGCAGCGCCCGGGUCCCUUGGCUGCGGAGGGACGAGGCGCUGCGCGUGAACGUCGGCGGCGUGCGGCGGCUGCUGAGCGCGCGCGCGCUGGCGCGCUUCCCAGGCACGCGGCUGGGCCGUCUGCGGGCUGCGGCGUCGGAGGAGCAGGCGCGCAGCCUGUGCGACGACUACGACGCGGCAGCGCGCGAGUUCUACUUUGACCGGCACCCGGGCUUCUUCCUGGGCCUGCUACAUUUCUACCGCACCGGCCGUCUGCACUUGCUCGACGAGCUGUGCGUCUUUGCCUUCGGCCAGGAGGCCGACUACUGGGGCCUGGGCGAGAACGCGCUGGCCACGUGCUGCCGCGCGCGCUACCUGGAGCGGCGCAUGGCGCGGCCGCGCGCCUGGGACGAGGACAGCGACACCCCGAGCAGCGUGGACCCGUGCCCCGACGAGAUCUCAGACGUGCAGCGAGAGCUGGCGCGCUAUGGGGCUGCGCGCUGCGGCCGCCUGCGCCGCCGCCUCUGGCUCACCAUGGAGAACCCGGGCUACUCGCUGCCCAGCAAGCUUUUCAGCUGUGUCUCCAUCGGCGUGGUGCUCGCCUCUAUCGCCGCCAUGUGCAUCCACAGCCUGCCGGAGUACCAGGCCCGCGAAGCGGCCGCCGCUGUGGCUGCGGUGGCCGCGGGCCGUAACGCCGAUGACGCGCGCGACGAUCCGGUACUGCGUCGCCUCGAGUACUUCUGCAUCGCCUGGUUCAGCUUCGAGGUGUCGUCGCGCCUCCUGCUGGCGCCCAGCACGCGCAACUUUUUCUGCCACCCGCUCAACCUCAUCGACAUCGUUUCGGUGCUGCCCUUCUAUCUCACCCUGUUGGCUGGCAUAGCGCUGGGUGACCGGGACGGCGGGAGCGGCGAGGAGCUCGGCGACCUGGGCAAGGUGGUGCAGGUGUUCCGCCUCAUGCGAAUCUUCCGCGUGCUCAAGUUGGCGCGCCACUCCACCGGGCUGCGCUCCCUGGGCGCUACGCUCAAGCACAGCUACCGUGAGGUGGGCAUCUUACUGCUGUACCUGGCCGUGGGUGUGUCAGUGUUCUCCGGUGUGGCCUACACAGCCGAAGAGAAGAACGUGGGUUUUAACACCAUCCCAGCCUGCUGGUGGUGGGGCACUGUGAGCAUGACCACUGUGGGCUAUGGGGAUGUGGUGCCAGAGACAGUGGCUGGCAAGCUGGCGGCCUCAGGCUGCAUCCUAGGGGGCAUUCUGGUGGUGGCACUUCCCAUCACCAUCAUCUUCAACAAGUUCUCCCACUUCUACCGGUGCCAGAAGGCUCUGGAGGCAGCCGUGCGCAACAGCGGCCACCGGGAGUUUGAGGACUUGCUGAGCAGUGUUGACGGGGUGUCAGAGGCAUCUCUGGAGACAUCCCGAGACACCUCUCAGGAGGGACGGUCUGUAGACCUGGAGACUCAGGCCCAGGGUGAGCCUCCAAACACUCAGAGUUAUUAAAACUAGGUCUCUGCAUCCCCUUCCACCCCAAGUCAGCUGAAACAGAGCAGAUUCCUCCCCUGCUUCAGCUCUCAUGGGAGUGAGCCCCUCAGGACCACUAGCACCGGCCUAAGAAAAGAGACCCAGGGCCCACACACCUUUCUCCAAAGGUCAUGGCAGAGAGAGUUGCCCUGUAUUCUGUGAGUCCACAGAGCAACUCAAGACACUUUUAUUAACCAGCCUCCAAGCUACCUAUGAAGCGGGCCUGAGCCACAAGGAGAAAGAAGAAGGAUGCUAAUGAUUCUGAGCACCUUCUGAAUAUUGGCCAAAUUUGGCCCUGUGUUGGAAGAUGAGAAUCAUCCGACAUUUCAAGCCAGGCAUAAUGGCACACAACUGUGGUCCAACUACUUGAGAGCUGAAAUAGGGUUGCAAGUUCAAAGCAAGCCUGGGAAAGUUAAUGAGACCCUGUCUCAAAAUACAAAUUUUUUAAAAGACUGGCGAAACACUCAGUGGCACAGUGCUUGCCUAGCAUAUAUAAGGCCCUGGGUUCAAUCCCAGUACCAAGAGAAAAAUAAAUCAUUCCCCUUUCACAGAUGUGGAAACUGAAGCUCUGAAGCAAUGACUCACCCAAAUGGUUUGCCAAGACAUGUUCCAUCCACUCUCUCUCUGCUGCCUUCUCAGAGUUUGCAUGUGGUUUUAGCAGUAUGUGGAUACACAAACCCGAUCCAUGGAAUGAGAAUCCUUUUCAGAGUGAGGGAGAGGAGCAGGCAGGAUUCGAACAUAGGAGCCUUGGCCCUCAGCUCUAGUUCUUUUCUAGGAGCUUCUGGAAGGAGUCAGAAUGAGUCCUGGGAGGAUGGAGAAGGAAGCUCCUUCCUUAGUUCAUGUGCAGAAUUUGCUGAGCAAUAAUCUUCUGCACCUUCAUCCUAAGGCUGAAUUGAGAUACAGAAAAUCUGAAGGGGCCUUGGCCUGAGGUCCAGACUCAAUUCUGGAACAGCCUGUGUGAAGCAGCCAACCCCUACCGCCGUCACCAGACCUGUGCCAAAUGGUCACAAUCUGUGACCCAGAGGGAGAUGAAGAAGCCAAAUGGGGCAGAAGAGGCACUGACUUAAAGACAGCUUAGCUCUGAAAUGCUAGUGCCAGGGGCUGCCGUGCAUGUGCCCCCCUUCUGGCAAUUCCCUUCUACCCACCACACGUUACCAGCCUUACCUUGAGCAACCGUCCAGGCUAUCCCUUUUGGCUAGCUCUGGCCCUGUCAUCCUUGCUGCCAGUAAAUCUGUAGAACUCCCCUGCUAAAGCCUCUGUCCAUGUGCUGAGAAAGACAGGAAGGGUCGCCAUGGCCCUUUCCACAUACCAUAGCUAGAGCAUCCUUGAGCAAUAUCAUUGUGACCAGAUUGUGGCUUUGUUUGUCCCAUCACACCAAGCCUCAAGAUGGAAGGCACUGUCUGGCUGAUCUUCACACUUGGAGCAAAGCAGUUGUUUAGUACAUGUUUAGUAGACAGACCAAUUCCUGUAGUCUACUGUGUGCCAUGCACUGAAAGGAAAGAAGAAAUACUCAGAAACUGGACGAGACCCUUGCCUCCCUUGGCCCUGCUUGGUUUUUACAGUGGCUUCCUUUACUCAUUCAGGAAAUCUCUGUUAGAAGAGUCGUAAGCUGGGGCCUCACAUGUGGCCUGCAGACAUGUUUUGUUCAGCCGAACAGUAAUUUAGUAUAUUUUUAUUUUUAUUUAUUUAUUUAUUUAUUUAUUUUUUGGUACCAGGGAUCGAACUCAGGUCCUUGUGCUUUCAAGGCAGGCGGCAGAACCACUGAGCUAAAUCCCCAGCCCCUAGUAUAUUUUUAAACUGGGACUGCCUUUGGGUGAGGCAUGCAGUCUCCAGUUCCCCAUACCAUCCCCCUCCCUGAUCCCA